CCCUAGAUGAAGUGUCAAAGAAUUCUCACCUACCUGCGGAUAUUUGGCACCACCAUGUUCGGCGUGUCUCUCCUGGUAGGCAUCUCCACAGCCUACAUCAUGGGCUACCAGUUUUUCACCACAGCCGGCAAUCACCUAUCCUUUGGCCUGUAUGGCGCCAUCUUGGUUGUCCACCUCGUCAUCCAGAGCCUCUUUGCGCUCCUAGAACAUAGGAACAUGCGGCGCUCCCUAGAGACACCGAUCAAACUGAACAAGUCCCUGGCGCUGUGCAUCGCAGCGUACCAAGAAGACCCGAACUACCUGAGGAAAUGCCUGGUGUCGGUGAGGAGGCUGACGUACCCGGGGAUCAAAGUGAUCAUGGUGAUUGACGGGAACUCAGAUGAUGACUUUUACAUGAUGGAGAUUUUCAAAGAGGUGAUGGGAUGGGACAAAUCGUGCACCUACGUGUGGCGUAGCAACUAUCAUCACAGGGGCCCAGAGGAGACGGAUGAGAGCUACGCUGAGAGCCUUCAGCAAAUCUCCAGGCUGGUGCUGAACAACAAGUGUGUGUGCAUCAUGCAGAAGUGGGGAGGGAAGAGAGAAGUCAUGUACACAGCCUUCAAAGCACUGGGGAGGAGCAUUGACUAUGUGCAGGUGUGUGACUCUGACACCAUGCUUGACCCAGCAUCAUCGAUUGAGAUGGUGAAGGUGCUUGAAGAAGACCCGAUGGUUGGAGGGGUUGGAGGAGACGUACAGAUCCUGAACAAAUAUGAGUCAUGGAUCUCCUUCUUGAGCAGUGUACGGUACUGGAUGGCCUUCAACAUUGAACGGGCUUGCCAGUCCUACUUCGGCUGUGUGCAGUGCAUCAGCGGGCCUUUAGGAAUGUACCGGAACUCACUCCUGCAUGAGUUUGUCGAGGCCUGGUACAACCAGACAUUCAUGGGAUCCCACUGCAGUUUUGGGGAUGACCGUCAUCUCACAAACCGAGUUCUCAGCCUUGGGUAUGCCACCAAAUACACAGCACGAUCAAAGUGCCUCACAGAAACUCCGGUCACGUACUUGCGAUGGCUCAACCAACAGACUCGAUGGAGUAAGUCAUACUUCAGAGAAUGGCUAUAUAACUCCAUGUGGUUCCACAAGCAUCAUCUAUGGAUGACUUAUGAGGCUGUGAUCACAGGCUUCUUCCCAUUCUUUCUCAUUGCCACUGCGAUCCAACUCUUUUAUCAAGGAAGGCUGUGGAAUAUUUUGUUAUUUCUGCUCAUUGUGCAGGCAGUGGCAUUGAUCAAGUCAGCAUUCGCUAGUUGCCUCAGAGGAAACAUUGUCAUGGUGUUCAUGUCGUUCUAUUCUGUACUGUACAUGUCAAGCCUGUUGCCAGCCAAAAUGUUUGCAAUAGCAACAAUCAACAAGUCUGGCUGGGGGACCUCUGGGAGGAAAACUGUAGUAACGAACUUCAUUGGUCUGAUUCCAAUAUCAGUUUGGUUCACUAUCCUCUUCAUUGGGAUUAUCUACACAUUAAUCGUGCAGGCUAAAAAACCUUUUCCUGAAUCAGAAAAAAUCAUUCUGGUCAUAGGGGCAGUUGUUUAUGCCAGUUACUGGGUCAUGCUGUUGACAUUGUAUACAGUGCUCAUAAAUAAGUGUGGGAAGAGGAAAAAGGAAACACACUACGAUAUGGUGCUGGACGUCUGAUUUAAAGUCAUUGUUUACCACUGAACUCUCUUUCUGGGUUGUUUUCUCUGUCACAGUGUUAUUGGCAUGCAAAUGUUCUGCAGAUGCAGAGCAGC